AUGCCAUCAUCGUCUUCGUUCGCCCUUUGGCGAAGCAUUUCCAUCCCGGCUCACAUGCCGUCAUCCGCUGUAGCGUUGACAACUGCCCUUCACGCUGGAGCCUCGUCAACAGCGACCACGUCGCUCCCGGGUGCGUCCACAACCAUCCACUUCACUGUCAAACAGGUUCCCUUCUUUGCUCCCACUCUUCUCUCUCCUCAAUUCGUCGUCGAUUCCGACUCCAGUCGUUAG